AAAAAGGGGAAGAGAAGAAGAAGAGCUGUAAUCACAUGGGUUGCUGUUUGGUUGAUGGGACCUGCAAACCCAACACCCUGUUCCUCUUCCUUUCUCUCUCUUCUCUCUCUCUCUCUCUCUCUCUCCUCUCCUGCCGACAAUAACAUUUUCUCAACCAUAAGAAACGUUCACCCGAAUUGCAAAAUUGGAAAUCCUUAAUAUUUCUUCUUAUUUCUUCGCUGUAUUUUUUUUUCUUUUCAAUUUUGAUUCCGCAACGGAAUUUGUAUACCGUGUGUCCUUACAAUGGCCGACGAUAAGGAGAUGUCUGCGGCGCCUAUAAUGGAUGGGAAUGGUGCUUCGAUUGGUCACAUAAUUUCAACAACCAUCGGGGGCAAGAAUGGAGAACCUAAGCAGACUGUUAGUUAUAUGGCGGAGCGAGUUGUGGGGACUGGUUCGUUUGGAGUUGUGUUUCAGGCAAAAUGCAUUGAAACUGGAGAGUCUGUAGCUAUAAAGAAGGUUUUGCAAGACAGGAGAUACAAGAACCGUGAACUUCAGUUAAUGCGAACAAUGGAUCAUCCUAAUGUUGUCUCUCUAAAGCAUUGCUUCUUUUCAACGACGAGCAAAAAUGAACUUUUUCUUAAUUUAGUUAUGGAGUACGUACCAGAAACCAUGUUUCGCGUUCUGAAGCAUUGCAGUAACAUGAAGCAGAGAAUGCCACUCAUUUACGUGAAACUUUAUACCUAUCAAAUUUUGAGAGGGUUGGCUUACAUGCACUCUGUUGCCGGAGUGUGUCAUAGAGACUUGAAGCCUCAAAAUGUCCUGGUUGAUCCUGUAACUCAUCAGGUGAAAAUAUGCGAUUUUGGAAGUGCAAAAGUACUUGUGAGAGGUGAAGCAAACAUAUCUUACAUCUGCUCACGAUUUUAUCGGGCUCCUGAACUCAUUUUUGGUGCAACGGAGUACACUACUUCAAUCGACAUCUGGUCAGCAGGUUGUGUCCUUGCUGAGCUUCUUUUGGGCCAACCAUUGUUUCCUGGGGAGAAUGCUGUGGAUCAACUUGUGGAAAUCAUAAAGGUUCUUGGUACUCCAACACGGGAGGAAAUCCGUUGUAUGAAUCCAAACUAUACUGAUUUUAGGUUUCCACAAAUAAAGGCACACCCUUGGCACAAGGUUUUUCAAAAAUUGAUGCCUCCAGAAGCAAUAGACCUUGCCUCUAGGUUGCUGCAAUAUUCUCCAAAUUUGCGUCUCUCUGCACUUGAUGCGUGUUCUCAUCCUUUCUUUGAUGAGCUUCGUGAACCUAAUGCCCGAUUGCCAAAUGGUCGACCACUACCACCAUUGUUUAACUUCAAGCAGGAGCUGUCUGGCGCCUCUUCGGAUCUCAUAAACAAGCUUAUACCAGACCACGUGAAGAGACAAAUGGGUCUGCAGUUCUUUGCCUCGUAUGAAGGCACCACGUGAAUUGUACUUUCUGCUGCUGUUGUUGUACCGAGACUUAAAAUGUUUGUUGCUAAAGAACACAAAGGGUUCUGAAGCACCAACUGCCUAACUGAAGGUUUAGCCUGACCAGUACAGAUUGAGGCAACAAUAUCAGUCUGCUCUGCUUUGUACCCUUAUUAGAAGACCCAUGUUUCGAUCAUCCUUUUCAUGUCCAAGCAGAGCAUAUUGGAAAAAAGGUCCCUUUUUGUAUAUGUUUGUUAACCGACAAGAAACCCCGGCUCUGUAUCGAAUAUGAUUAGUUACCCUGUAUAAAUUAGUUAAAUGCUCUCAAGGAGCCACGACAUCCAAAUUCCUUCCUCUUUUGUUUUCACUUGCUUAUUGUUUUCUUUCCCGUCCAACAUUUGUCUUCUAUGUAUGUAUUGAUUAAUGUACGCGUGUAUUUUUGCUAUAUAUGUAUAUGGUGUUCCACGUCGUCAAUAUUUCUUGGCUAUUUAAGUGUUGGAAAUCUGUAGGUGAAAGACUGUAACUUGUGGGUAGAACUGAUAUAAUCUAUAAUUUUGCUGUUU